GUUGACAACCUUUGUGGUGGUAACUGAAACCCAUCCUCUGUUCUGAACUUCCAUUUGAUGUGAUUUGGCAGUGGAAGUUCAUUAAUCUGUGAUAGUUCUAUUGAGUUUUGAUCUCCAACAAGUUGUAAUGGAGAUUAAUUUGGGAAAACUUCCAUUUGAUCUCGAUUUUCAUCCUUCGAGUCCACUUGUCUGUGCAGGUCUGAUCAAUGGUGACCUACUCCUGUACCGUUAUGCUACAGAUUCACAGCCACAAAGGUUGUUGGAAAUUCAUGCACACUGUGAAUCAUGUAGAGCUGUUCGAUUCAUCAAUGGAGGCCGUGCGAUUCUGACCGGAUCUCCAGAUUGCUCAAUUCUGGCCACAGAUGUGGAAACUGGUUCCACCAUUGCUCGUCUAGAAGAUGCCCAUGGUGCUGCUGUGAAUCGCUUGGUCAACCUGACGGCGACUACUAUUGCCUCGGGAGAUGAUGAGGGUUGUAUUAAGGUAUGGGAUACUCGACAGCGUUCCUGUUGUAACUCCUUCAAUGCCCAUGAAGAAUACAUUUCCGAUAUGACCUUUGCCUCUGAUUCAAUGAAACUUUUGGGAACAAGUGGAGAUGGGACUCUAUCUGUAUGCAGUCUUCGAAGAAAUAAGGUGCAAACUCGAUCCGAGUUCUCUGAAGAUGAGCUGCUGUCAGUAGUUCUUAUGAAGAAUGGUCGCAAAGUUAUAUGUGGAACUCAAUCUGGAUCUUUAUUACUCUAUUCUUGGGGACAUUUCAAGGAUUGCAGUGACCGAUUCAUCAAACUUUGUCCAAACUCUGUUGAUGCACUACUGAAGCUUGAUGAAGAUAGGGUUAUUACCGGGUCAGAGAAUGGACUCAUCAGCUUGGUAGGCAUCUUACCCAACCAAGUAAUUCAACCGGUGGCAGAGCAUUCAGAAUAUCCUGUCGAGCGCCUUGCUUUUUCUUGUGAUAGGAAGCUUCUGGGCAGUAUUUCACAUGAUCAAAUGUUGAAGCUCUGGGAUUUGGAUGAGUUAUUGGAAGGUGGAGCAAAUAACCUGGAGAGUGAGGCUUUUGUGGCUGACAGUGACAGUGAUAGUGAUGAGAUGGAUGUGGACAUUAAGACCCCUCAAAAAUCCUCCAAAGGGACAAAGAAGAAAAACGCAAAUAAAGGACAUGCUUCUAACAACGCAUCCAGCAGUUUCUUUGUGGAUAUGUAGUGAAAUGUCAGGGAUUAGUGGUUUCCUCGCAAUUUAUACUUGCCAGUUAGAAAAGGGAAUUUCCAUUUUUGGGAUAUUAUACGACAUCUAUCUAUACAAAUUUUGACAGUUAGUGAAUUCCAUUAGCUAUUGAACUCUAGUAGUUCAGUUGUGGGGAACCAUAGAACCAAGCUCUGCUGGGUGAUGCUCUAAUUUCAGACACGUAGCCCAUGUACUCUAUCCUCAUGGUAAGUUUCA